AUGCGGCCCACUCCAAUUCGCUCUGAUGGAAUGCCAGGACGUGGGUUCUUUUCCCCUAACCCGUGGUGGGGUGACACCAGAAACUUGAAGCAGAGGGGAAUCAUCUCGUACACCAUUUCUCCCUUCCGUACCCGUGCCACAAAGAACAUCUUCCAGGAUUGGUUGUUCAACGGUUACAGACGUCUUGCUGGACAAGUUCCAUACUGGAUCGUGCCUUUUGCCAUUGGCUAUGGCACAUAUGCUUGGGCAAAACGUCGUGAUGCUUGGCAGAACAGCAAAGCCGGCCACCUUGCGCUACAUGGUCACGAGCACUAA